AUGUCGGAAUUGAGGUUUCUUGACUUGUCUCAAUCAUCGCGCAUACAGGACGUUACCGUUGCUUUCCCCACGAACGAAUGGCUCAAGAUGUUGCUAUUUUUGGCUUUGUUACCUGUUAUUCUGGCGGAAUCAUUUUGGAAGACCGCAGAGCUGUUACGAGUAGAUUGGAGGGAGGGAUGCUUAACUACCGCUGGUUGCUCCCAUCCAAGAUUCAAGAUUCUCAAAAAUAUGCUCCCACUCAAAGAGAAAAUUUCUAUCAGCUGGCCAGUUUCCGAGGAUUUUGUGCAGGAUUAUUCACGCCCGUUUGUUUCCCAUUGGGCAAAGGGCAUCCCAGAGGAUUUGAUACUCUCUUGCCAAGUGGUUGGAACCGAUCCGACCUAUGGCUUUCCACGAAUCUGCGAUCAAACUGCCUCGAUCCGUGUUUUCAAGGACAAUGCAUCUGACGGUAAUCGGCCUCAGCUGGCCACAAUCACCACAUCUCACCCGGAAGAGGAGUUGGGCAAGAAGCUGGUUGAGAUACGAGCCAAGUGCUUCAAUGCCACCAUAGCUGUUCAAAAGCAUAAAGAGAGAUGUCCAUGGUGUCCUGAUCCAUCAGAAGUGACUCUACUUCAGCAAACGUUGCCCAAAGAUGUCCUGUCAACAGAUUCGACUUCGGUAUUUAUGCGUUUGUUAGGAGACGAUAAUAUCAUGCCUUUAUGUCGGUCCUGGCAGGGAUCGCUUUUAUGUCUUCGCUUGGCAUCGCUUGUGUUCUGGUCGCUUUUCUUCGUCUGGAAAGGACUGAUCGCCAAAUUCCUUCGAAACCGGGCUCUCAAUUACGUUCUCGUUCAAAUUUGGUAAAGAUACCAAUUAGACACGGUGCACCUUGGGAACAGACGCGUCCGCUCAUCUGCUGGCUGUCUCCGUCAUCAAACUCCGAAGCGACAAAGACGUCUCCGCUUGAAUCGGUUUUGUCUACGGGCACGCGGUCGUCGGUCAUCGUUCCAAGCUUCCAGUCCAAAUCUACAAUACCACGAAAUCACCUAUACCAUCAAAUUUCUCCAAAUUCAUCGAUUGAAUCUGAGCAAGAACCUGGCAAGUGAUCUAGUAGCCCAGUUGGGCUUACCUCUAGAUCCCGAUGCGGGCUUGAAUGCAAGAAAAGCUGUUGGCGAAGAACUAGGAAUGCGUUUAUAUGGAGGCGGAAAAAUGAAGUUGAAAAAUUCAUACCUGGCCAAACUAUGCGCUUGAAAUUAUCAACGCAUCAGUAUCCACAAAACAAGAUAUUUGCAGAACAAGCCCUCUGAUGCAAAUAAGAAGCGUAAACUACGUUAUAUGCUCAUAGAUUGACAAAGCACAAAUCGAAUAAAUAUAUAAGGACAAAUUUGCUGCGGAAGCCGGGAAAAUCUUGGCCAUUCUGGGGAACGACAAGUAUUAUCAGCACAUUUUAGAGGCAGAGGAGAGACUUGAACUCUUUGAGCAGUCCUACGCUGGAAUAAGCACAAUCGGCGGACGAUAAUCCUUUUUUUUUGUUCUAUUCUGAAAGAGUGAGGACCGUCGGGCUUUGUUUCAUACUGCACAUGAUAUGAAUAAGGUUUUCGCAGUUGGUGGUUGUGCUAUUGUCGCGUUUCAUGACAAAUCCUCUACUUCCUACACUAGUGUUUUGUAUCAACUGCUUAAUGCUUUGUAACUAUGAAAGUUCACAUUUCGUUGCAAAAACGUUUCUUUCAAAUCCCGAUAGGCUACGUUUGGAAAAGUUUUGAUUUCAGCAGAAUUUCAUUCAAGAUCUUGCUUUCCUUGAAGAUCAUAUGAAGUAGUCGCUUAAUGAUUUUUUU